AGCUGAAUCUAUCAUACUGAAUGCAUAACAUUGUGCUGAUCGAGUCAUUAUGUUUAAGUUUUGAAGAAACCUAUUUUUAGGGUUAAGGCAAUGGACUGAUCCAGAAUCUCCCAGGAGCUAUUGUCCAUUCCAGGUCUUUGUAGCAGCCUUUGUUCCUCCAUCUAUAUAUGUAUUAUUUUUUCUCUCUCUCGACAUUUGGUGCUGCAGUGGCUAUGAGCUGCAAGCUGUAGAGAUUGCGAGAAUGUGCUUCACCAUUCCAGUUCACUAAGUGCUGUACAGCGAAGGCAUCAAUCUCGCUGGACAACUGCUGUUUACUGGGCAGACCACCGUUCAGGAUUAGGUGUAUUCACUACACACGUGUUCUGAACAGAGAGUGAUCCGUCUGAAGAGAAAAGUGAAAUAUUGUGGAUACUGGAAAUGUGAAAGAAAGAUGGAACAUGCUGGAAAUACUCAGCAGGUCUUGCAGUAUCUGUGGAGAGAGACACAAAGUUAACAUUCAAGGUCAGCAGCUGCUGCCAAGCAUUAUCCACUCAGAGGCACUGUGAGAAGCCAGCAGAAUGGGUACAAAGCUGAUUGGAUAGAAGAAAUUUGCCUUGAACUGGAGUGAGUGAGUGGCAUUACUGCACAUUCCUUACCUGUUUUCACGAAAACAGCGUAGAGUUGCUGAAGCUGCGCAUGUAAGGCAAUGAUAUGGAAAGAAAAAUUAGCUGAAAGUGUGAUCAGAGGAGCACAUGGGAAGUAAACAACUGCAAAGAAGCAGAAAAGUAUUGGGAGCUGGGGAACCCGAGCGAAGGAAGGUCAGUGAUGUUACAUUUCUAUUGUUUACGUGAACAGAUCAAGAGGGCUCAAGUUAUACUUUUGUUUGCUAACUGCAAGUUGCAUUGAGAUUUCCAGCGACCAGCAGGAUGCACAUGGACCUGCUGGAGAAACGGUGUACUCCAUUGUAAACCACCUCCUCAACUUCUGAGGGCUAGAGGACUGAGGGAACAUCAGGCUCAGACAGUUUGGGAGUAAAAUCUAGUGAGCAUAUCACAGCAACAGCUCUACAACAGCUGAUGAGGAAAUACCUGAGGCUUGCUGGCACUCAGAGGACACCUGGUCAGUCCCAGCAAGAGAGAGUUUGGUACCUUCGGUGACAGCCGACUGUAUUGAAAGUUUCAUAUCUUGAUGCUGGUGUCACUCGCUCAGCCGGAAUUUAUAGCCAAUCUUCAAUUGCCCCAAGGGCAGGGCUUUCUCACGACACCUCCUGAUAAUAACUACAAUUAUUAAAUGACUUGGGGAAAGUAUCAGCCACAAGAAUGAAAGGGUUAUCAAGCAACCGAGGACACCAUAUUGCAACCAAUUGUGACCCUUUGUGUGAUACAUUGUCCCACCAACAGGAAAGGAAGCCAUACAUACUCAAUCCAGUUGACUCCCAUCAUGACGAUCAUUCCUAUUGCACCCAGCGGAACUCCUUUCAUUCAGAGUGCAUGGUUCCAUUCAGUGAUCAAAUAUCAAGUAGUACUUUUCCCAGAAGACAUUACAGUUCACAGCAUGACCUUAAAGACGAAUGUGCCCUGGUGCCUGCACCUUCAACCAAUAAAACCAAUCGCAUCCCUGCCAAUCUCCUGGACCAAUUCGAGAGGCAACUCCCAAUCCGCCGCGAUGGGUUCCACACCUUACAAUAUAAGCGGACAGCCCUGGAACAUCGGAGUGAAAGUCCAGGAAGAAUCCGCCACCUGGUUCACUCAGUGCAAAAGCUGUUUACCAAGUCACAUUCUCUUGAAGGACCGUCCAAAGGAAAUACAAAUGGUAAUAAAGCAGGUCAUGAUGAAAUGCAUGGUACAAAACGUGGCAAGCGCAGCAAGAGCAAAGAUAGGAAGUCAGAACCGAAGAACAAAUCUAAUAUUUCGGGGUGGUGGAGCUCAGAAGAUAACUUGGAUGGUGAUGUAUGCAUUUAUCAUGGGCCAGCAAAUGUGAUGACCAUGGGUCGAUGUCCUGACCGUUCAACAUCUCAGUACUUCAUGGAAGCUUAUAAUACCAUAAGUGAACAGACAUUAAAAACUUCCAGAAGCAAUAAUGACAUGAAAUGCACGACUUGUGUAAAUAUUCCACUGAAUGUUGAUGCACAAAUCAUGAAGAAGAGCUCGUGGUCUUCAACAUUAACAGUGAGCCGAGCCCAUGAGGUUUACCAGAAAUCCUCAAUGAAUCUUGAUAAUAAAACCGUCAUGAAAUCAGAAACGUGCCAGAAAGAGCGUUCAUGCCAGUAUCUCCAGGUUCCACAGGAUGAAUGGAGUGGUUACUCGCCACAAAGUAAAGAGGAUGAAAUUCCUUGUCGGCGAAUGCGCUCUGGCAGCUACAUUAAAGCAAUGGGAGACGAUGACAGUGGGGACUCAGACACUAGCCCUAAACCUUCUCCAAAGAUUUCUGCACGGCGUGAGAGCUAUCUCAGGGCCACCCAUCCAUCUCUAACAGAGCUCAGCACACUGAAGAUUUCAAGCGAACAUUCUCCCAAACUUCAAAUACGAAGCCACAGUUAUCUGCGCGCAGUCAGUGAGGUCUCAAUUAAUCGAAGCUUGGAUAGCUUGGAUCCUGCGGUGCUUCUCGCCUCGCCCAAGUUCCGUUCUCGCAACGAGAGCUAUAUGAGGGCCAUGAGCACCAUCAGCCAGGUGAGUGAGGUGGAAGUUAAUGGACAAUUCGAAUCUGUUUGCCAAUCAGUAUUUAGCGAACUGGAGUCGCAGGCGGUCGAAGCGCUGGAUUUGCCCAUGCCAGGAUGUUUCCGUAUGCGAAGUCACAGCUACGUGAGGGCUAUUGAACGUGGCUGCUCACAGGAUGAUGAAAGUUUGUCUCUUAGACCAGCAUCACCGCCUCGAACAACCACUACGGUGAGGACCAUCCAAAGCAGUACUGUGUCAUCAUGUAUUACUACAUAUAAGAAGAAUCCUCCUCCAGUUCCACCACGGACUACAAUUAAACCAUUCAUCUCCAUCACUGCCCAGAGCAGUACAGAAUCUGCUCAAGAUGCAUAUUUGGAUGGUCAUACUCAAAGGGGUGAUCUAAACAGCCAAUCAGGACUAAGUAACUCUACAGAAAGUUUGGACAGUGUCAAAGCCUUAAAUGCUGCGAUAGAAGCUGCAAAUGCACAGGUUCAUGGACCAUCUAACAGUCAACAGCAUAUUGACAACACAUCAACAAGUGAUAAGGGAACACUGCCAGCAGAGGAAUCAAAAGGAGAUAUUUUGAGAAAAAGCAAAUGUUCUUCUGUUGGAAUUCAGGUUGAUGGGCCUGACCAGCCUGCUUUAGCAGAUUUCAAUGCAAACAAAUUUCAGUCAGUAGGAAUUCAGGUGGAGACAGAGAAAUGCUUUCGAAGAUUUACACGGUCAAACAGUGUGACAGCAGCAGUGCAGGCGGAUCUGGAUGAUCAGGAAAACACAGAAGGAUCAUCAGGACCUGAAGAAGUGGCUUCAGGUCCAUUGAUAAGGCAAUUUUCCAAGGAUGCAAGUACAUCCACAGGUAGCUUUCUUGGAGUGGAGGGAAACCAUGUGCAAGCCUAUGCACAGGAACAUGAAUUUGACUCAAAUUUUGAUCCUUCAUUUCUGCCUCCUCCUGAACCCUGGAUUGACUCUGCAUCAGAGGCAAACGUAGAAACGAGCCAGAGGGCGGUGUGUCAAAGGGAUGGCCGAUGGUUUAUGAAGCUGCUUCAAGCUGAGAAGGAACGAAUGGAUGCCUGGUGUAAACAAAUGGAAAAAGAGGAACAAGAUAAUGAUCUUCCUGAGGAAAUUUUGGGGAAAAUACGAAGUGCAAUUGGAAGUGCUCAACUCCUCAUAUCUCAGAAGUUCCAACAAUUCAGCGGACUAUGUGAAGAAAACAUGAAUCCAAAUGCUUGUCCUCGAUUAACCUCCCAAGACUUGGCAGGGUUUUGGGACAUGCUGCAGUUGUCUAUUGAAAAUGUCAGCAUGAAAUUUGAUGAGCUACAUCAACUGAAGGCAAACAAUUGGAAGCAGGUGGAACUUCCUGAAAAGAAGGAGAAAAGAAUACCUCCUCCUGUGCCAAAGAAACCGCCAAAGGGUCAAGUGCCCCUCAAACGAGAAAAAUCACUGGAAGCCACAGAGAAACAAAGGCAGGAGGCACGGAAACGCCUGAUGGCUGCCAAGCGAGCUGCGUCUGUGAGACAGAACUCUGCCACAGAAAGUGCAGACAGCAUUGAAAUUUAUAUCCCAGAGGCCCAGACCAGACUAUAAGCCACACUGGGUAGGAACUGUGAUAACCUUACAAUCACAGGGUGGGUUGUUUGUAGCACAUUCAUGUUACAAGUCAAUUUGGGAUACAGCCAGGUGUUCAUAUCCCUUUAAGCCCCUUUGGAAUUUUAAGUGUCUGAAUGGAUUCGUGGAGGGGUGGCAUUCUUAAUAAACCCAGGAGAAGGAUAAUAAGCUGUUCCAACUUCCUAUCAUUAAUGUAGCUGCAUUAAAUAUUUGCUAACUGCCAUGUCAUUUGCAUGGCUUCAUAUUAAUUGUUGUUGCUGUUGCAUUUUUGUAACCUCUGUACUUGGCUCCAUUGAAUCAUCCAUUUCUGUAGUUCAGUUUCAACUGUUAACAAAUAGUUAAAUAAAAUUAAGGAAAGAACUAGAAUUUACGUGCGCACAGCAAUAGAAACACCAGAAUUUAAUACUGCUGAAAGGUCUUUUGGGAAAUUGAUGUCUUCCUAAAUGUAGAUGUUAGAAUUUAGGACCAAGAGUAAUUAUUUCAAAGCGAAUGAGCUCUUUAACACCUCACAUGUUUAUAACUGGAUUUUGACAACAGUGAACUCUAAAUAUGCUCACAGCACCACGAGCAAUGAGCGGGGCACAUGCUCUUUUACUUGUUCUUUAAAGCGCAUAACCUUCGCAAGCUACAUACAUUCAUAAACGCAGGGGUUCACACAGAUACAUUAAACAAAAACUAAAAUCUUGAGUGGCAGAUUUCAAAGAUGUACCAAGCAUUGUCCAUCUCCUCAAGUAGUUAGUUACAAAAGGUCAGUAAUGGCAGGGAAAGAUUUUUUUUAUAAUGAGCAAAAUGGGAUAGUUGCAGGCAACUCUUCAGAUAAAUUGAGUAUGUGAAAGCCAUGCAUAAAAUGGGCUUCCUAAUCUUUGUGUUCCCUACUUCCAUGUAAACUCACGAGUAGCAUUAGUGUGCUCCUUACUGCGCCUUUUAAUUGAUAAUAGUCUGGUAAGAAGGUAUGAAAUAGAAAAAAACUAUGAGAUCAACAUGUCAUUGUAGAUGAGCCAUUUGGAUAAUGCAAUGAUGAUACAGCGCAUACUUUUAAAAGUAUGAUAGUUAUAAUGAUUAUUUUCAGAGAAGAGUGCCUGCUUCUGAAAUUCACUGGAUAAGGGCUAGUGAUUCUUUGCCAUACCUUGACAACAAACUAAUUUGAUCCUAUCAGGUGUCUGACAUUUUUUUAACUGUCUUUUAUCAAUUUCUGUUGGAGCUACAAUAUCCAAUAUUCUUGUUCACUGUUACAAUUUGUACGUGCUUUUGAUUCAAAUGUGUCCAAUUAUGUACCUGCUACAGUAAUGUUACCAGUUAAUAAGUAAUGUACUUUGUCAGUAUGCUGAGCUCUUUCAUUUCCAAUUAUUACACUUUCAGUAACUUAGAGAUCUGGACUGGUAAUGCAUUUGCUUAAAUGCAUUAAUCUGUUCCUAAUAUAUACAUAUAUGGUGUGCUAUAUGAAAAUAAGUCUUUUUUUAAAGAAAUCAAAUAUCUGUUUUCAUCUAACAGAAAUGUCCUCUGUCCUCUUGCAAGCCUCUAAAAGCAUGUUUUGCUCUUAGUUACUGGUAAGAGAACCUACAUUAAAUAGACAUUGUACUGAGUCAUUUCUUGUCACCUUGAAAAGGUCAUUUGCAGUUUCAAAAACUAAAUGUUGCUAUGUGGUCAACCUUUAUUGUGAAUUUGGAGGACAACAAACCUGAAAAAAAAAUUAUUGUAAAAUGGUACUUUUUGUCUAUCAAUUCCAUAGGGACCAUUUCCUUGUUCUUUGUAAAUGUAGCCCUAAUAAUUGGCUUUAGCCUCCCUCACAACUUUGUAUUGACUUGAGCCGAAUCGGGCAAUAUGUGGAUCUCACCCUACAUUCCUUUUUAAUACAAAUAUAAAUCUGUUGAACUGUUCUACCUGAUUAUAUAUAUCUAAGGUUUCUAGUGAAAGUACGUAACUUGAAUAAUGGUACAUUCCAGUAUGUGGAAAGAAAAUGUUGAUUACUUGUGCAAACAACAUUAAAAUCUUGCAUAAAACUGGUAGAUGAUUAAAAAUAUUGAAGAAGUUAUUCUCAUAAUGCCCCCUAGCCAAUUAUCCCAUCAUUUGUCAGAUUUGAAGAUGAAUUAUAUUUGAAAGUUGUUAACUUUUUUGUUAUCUCAUUUGUAUUUAUUGUUUAAAUGUAAAUGAAUCCUUAACUUAUUGAUGAUGAAGUAGAUUACUCUUUAAACAGCAAUUCAUGUUAAUAGCAGUGUGAAAUACUGAAUGGAAAACAAUUCACCAGAGAAGCCUGAAACGAUACCCCUCUAAUUUCAAAAUAGUUUGUGUGUUG